AUUCAGUGAAACGAUUUUCAGGUGAAUCAAACUCCGAUUACCAGUGCAAUCCACCAGAACAUCGCGCUCCAUAGAGGAAACAUACAUAGUUCCCAAACGAGGAAAAUUACAAAAGACUGCUUCGGGGAACCAAGUUGGCAGAGGGUUCUGGACUAUAAAAGCGCUGCCCAUUGGCAAACGGAAGUUAGUGAGCGGAAGAAGAACAUGGAUAUGCAAGCACAGGCCUUGAAGCUGAUCUUCCUUGGGACAUGCCUGGCCAUUGGGCUAUCGGUGAUGCCAGGAGCAAGUGCAGCCGGACAUGAAGUCAGCCCAGCUUCCGGGGAUGUUCUGCAUCGCAGCAAACGCACCAUGACUACCAUCUGCGUGGAGAUCAGGCCAAGUAGUCCGCAGGAUGAGCCGUAUUAUAUGUGCCGUGGAGCCAACUUUGGUGGCGACAGCAGCCAGCAAAGUUGUGUGGAGGUCAGAAACCAAGGUGGCCAGGGGGAGCCAUUCUACAUGUGCCGUGGAGCGGAUUCCCCAGUACCAGGAGCUGAGAACCAGCCCUCCAUGGAGCACAUGCCUCUGUUAAACCCUCAACCCGCUGUACACCACGAUGCCGGUCACAACUUUCCCGUGUUUCCCGCCUUUGAGGGCGGGUCAUAUCCCCAUCCCCAGCAGGCAGUUACAGAAGAUCCCACACGCAUUCACCAAGUCCAGCCAGCGGGUCCGACGCCAUACCAGGAGCAGCCCCACCACCGGCCUGUUCCUCAGCAGCACCAGCCCCACGCCCAGUACGGAUUCUACGGAGGCCCCAUGGCAGCCCCUCCAACUGCACCUCCAGCGCAGUCAGCUGGCGUGCCGGAAUUUCAUCACCCAACUGUGGGCAGCCCGCCAGCAGCUCCACCAGGAGUUCCAGCUGGCCCAGGCCCAGCGUCCACGGCCCCUUCGUAUGAUCCUGCAGCAUUUGCGAGGUCACCAAGUCGCCCCAAAGAGAACGAAGUAGCCGGGAGCGGCAGGCAUCGAUUCGCUUUCGACGACGAUGUACUGGCCGUGCCGGAUGUGGCAUUCAGACGAGAGGAGCUCCAACAGCAGUACCGCAGGCCAGUGAGUCAGCAGCGACCCCAAGACCAGUUGAUGUGGGUGCCGCUGUCGCAGACGCAGGAUCCCGAGAACGAUCCGGUUAUGAAGGCGUUCUACAGCAGUCUAGGAGACGAAAGACACUCCGCACAGGAAGCACCGGUGGGCAACCAGGAUGAGCCCAUGGUGGGACAAAUGGGACCCGGCUACAGCCCAUACCCAGAGGCUCCUGCUCCACCGACCCUGCCGCCACCACCUCCGACCUAUUCCCAAGCCAAUGAGUCCCCCGCUUCCAACCCAUACUGCAAUGGAUGUUCUGCCACAGCACCACCCAUCCAAUGUCCCACGCCACUGGACAACGGCAUGAGCUACAGCACCAACUGUCCGAGUUUCCAGCCGGUCAUCAUAAGCAUGCCCUGCUACGCACAACGGCCACCGACUCCCUACUUUGGACUGCCCAGAGCACCAGCACCAUUGGCGCCCGCAGGUGGCUUUGGUGGUGGAUUCGGGUUGGGAGCCCAGCUGGGAAGUGCUUUUGGCAUGAGUCCUCAGAUGGGUGGACAGGGAUACGAUAUGGAGCACCAGGUGGGUGGCCCCUUCGGCAUGGGUAUGCAGCUUGGAAUGGGAAUGAGCCCAUUCGGACCUUUCGGAGCCCUGAACCCUUUCAAUCCAUUCAACAGAAUUCUGGGAGCACCAGCUCCCAAUCCGCCAGCACAAAAUGGUCAAUUUUUCCAGCGUGUGUUCAAAUUCAACCAGGACGCUGCCACAGUCUCGACCACAGAAGCUGCUCCAUCCACAGAAGCCCAAUCGGAAAGAGGCGGAAAGCUGAACUUUUCCAGCAGCACUCCGGCGACGCCCAGCUCAGAGCAGCCAGAUCCCAUUGUGGGUGAAGACCUGGCGAGUGAGGAGGAUGAGGACUCUGCUGAAGCCAUUGACAAGGAGGAUGAGCCGGCGGUGACCACACCGCUCCCAGCCUCCGAGGCUGAUGAUUCCGCUGACGCUUCCGGAGUCCCGGCCAUCGUGAGCAAGGCGACGGAUCUUCUCAAGCCGACGGACAAACGGAAGCGACACCGCCAGCGUUCCAGCGGACGUAGCCCCCAAAAGCACAGAUACCUGCAGCAGUUGUAGUCCCAAGAUCUGCGAAUGGUUCGCUCAAACCAAAUAAAGAUUUACUUAUAAUGUCAGAGGAGUAGAUUUAUUACCAGGCAGGUAU